AUGUCCCUAGUCGGCAACUUUACCUCGAACUAUGAUCGGGAGGCUGUAUCUGGCGGCGUUCCAACACCAGAGAUGGGCGGCAGACGACCUUCUCACUACAACGACAACGAACAAGCUGCCGAGUCGGAUGCCUCAACAAUAGCAGCUGUUGAGAAUUCACCACCGAGGAGUAAUAAUCAAUAUACCGACAAAAAGGAUGGAUCUUAUAACACACAUGACGCCGACGAACUGGCCGAGGCUACGAGGAGAGAAGAGGCCGUUCACGCACUUGCCCGACGACUUACUUCGCAAAGUCAACAAUCUUCAGCAAACCAGAACCCUUUCAACGCGGCACCAAACUCUUCCCUGGACCCCAAUGGCGAGCAUUUCAAUGCACGAGCAUGGACCAAGGCUAUGCUUAACCUCCAAUUAAACGACGAGAAUGCGCCACCUACACGAACUGCUGGUGUUUCUUUCCGCGAACUCAACGUCCAUGGUUUCGGAGCCGACACUGAUUACCAGAAGAGUGUUGGUAACGUGUGGCUAGAUGGACCUGGGCUUGUCAAGAAAAUCAUGGGUGACAAGGGCCGCAAGAUCGACAUUCUGCAACACUGCGAUGGUUUGGUCGAGGCUGGCGAGAUGUUGGUCGUUCUUGGACCUCCUGGAUCUGGUUGCUCGACUUUCCUCAAGACCAUCACUGGAGAGACACACGGCUUCGUCGUUGACUCAAACUCGCACAUCAACUACCAGGGUGUCAGCCCAGAGCUCAUGAACAAGAACUACCGUGGUGAAGCCAUUUACACUGCCGAAGUCGAUGUUCAUUUCCCCAUGAUGACUGUUGGAGAGACCCUUUACUUUGCUGCUCAAGCGCGUCGCCCAAGGAACAUCCCUGGUGGCGUCAGCGUACAGCAGUUCGCCGAGCACCAGCGCGAUGUCAUCAUGGCGUUUCCUUUGGAGCGCAUCGUUCGUGAGGGCUUCGAGGACCGCGUUCCCCGCACUCCUGAUGAAUUCGCGCAGCGCUGGUUGGAGUCUCCGGAGCGAGCAGCACUCCUACAACAGAUCGAAGCCUACGAGCAGAAGUAUCCCAUUGGUGGCGAGGCCGCCGAGCGCUUCAAGGAGUCACGCCAGCUUCAGAAGGCCAAGGGUCAGCGCGAAAAGUCGCCUUACACUCUCUCGUACACGCAGCAAGUUAAGCUAUGCUUGUGGCGAGGUUUCGUUCGAUUGAAGGCCGAUCCCAGUAUCACCAUCACCCAACUUGUUGCCAACUCCAUCAUGGCCCUCAUCAUCUCGUCCGUCUUCUACAACCUCCCAUCGACCACUUCCAGUUUCUACCUUCGCUCCGCUCUUCUCUUCUUCGCUAUCCUGAUGAACGCUUUCGGUUCCGCCCUCGAGAUUCUGACGCUCUACGCUCAACGUCCCAUUGUUGAGAAGCACUCGCGCUAUGCUCUGUACCACCCGUCCGCCGAGGCUUUCGCCAGUAUGUUGACUGAUAUGCCGUACAAGAUUGUCAACGCGAUCACUUUCAACUUGGUCCUGUACUUCAUGACGAAUCUUCGACGAGAACCUGGAAACUUCUUCUUCUUCGUCCUUAUUUCCUUCACACUGACUCUUGUCAUGUCCAUGUUCUUCCGUUCCAUCGCCGCCUUGUCUCGCUCCCUUGUCCAGGCUCUGGCACCCGCCGCCAUCCUCAUCUUGGGUCUCGUCAUGUACACUGGUUUCGCCAUCCCUCCUAGCUACAUGCUGGGUUGGUCCAAAUGGAUUCGCUACAUCAACCCCGUCAGUUACGGGUUCGAGGCCCUCAUGGUUAACGAAUUCCACAACAGACAGUUCGAGUGCAACGAAUUCAUUCCCUUCGGCCCCGGUUACGAAGACAUUUCUGGCCCUCAACAAGCUUGCAGGACCAUUGGAUCCGUUCCCGGACAGCCAUACGUCAACGGCGACGACUACAUCAACUCGGCCUUCAACUACUACGCUAAGAACAAGUGGCGCAACUUCGGUAUCAUGUGGGUCUUCAUGUUUGGUCUCAUGCUUGUCUACCUCGCUGGUACUGAAUACAUCACCGCCAAGAAGUCCAAGGGUGAAGUCCUUGUCUUCCGUCGUGGCCACAAGCUGCCUGCGCCCAAGAGCAAGUCUGAGGAGGAUCUUGAGGCCGCCGUUCCCGGACGCAACGUCGCUGCUCAGAACGAUUCUGACAACAUCGCCAUCAUCGAACGCCAAACUGCCAUCUUCCAGUGGGAGGACGUCUGCUACGAUAUUACAAUCAAGAAGGAGCCUCGCCGUAUUCUCGACCACGUUGACGGAUGGGUUAAACCCGUCAUUGGUGCUGCUCCUGGUUCACACACGGACAUCGACUGGCACCAAACCUGGCGCAACUCUGAUGAGUACCGUGAGGUCAAGCGCCAUCUCGCCGAACUCAAAUCCGAACGCGGUCAGGCUGAAGCUCUCCAGCGUACCAUGUCCGCUCAGAAGCGUGAGGACAAGGCUGCCUUCCGCGAAUUCGCCGCACCUUUCAUGACUCAACUCCGUGAGACCAUGGUCCGUGUCUUCCAGCAAUACUGGCGCACACCCUCGUACAUCUACUCCAAGACCUUCCUUUGUGUUCUCUCGGCUCUCUUCAUCGGUUUCUCGCUCUUCCAGAUGCCCAACACACAGACUGGUCUCCAGAAUCAAAUGUUCGGUAUCUUCAUGUUGAUGACAAUUUUCGGUCAAUUGGUCCAGCAGAUCAUGCCCCACUUCGUCACCCAGCGCGCUUUGUACGAGGUUCGCGAACGUCCUAGCAAGACCUACUCGUGGAAGGCGUUCAUGAUCUCCAACAUCGUCGUCGAACUGCCCUGGAACUCACUCAUGGCUGUGCUCAUCUUCUUCUGCUGGUACUACCCCAUUGGCCUGUACAAGAACGCAGAGUACACCGACUCCGUCACCCUCCGUGGAUUCCAGCUCUUCCUCUUCGUCUGGAUGUUCUUGCUCUUCACUUCGACAUUCACGCACAUGGUCAUCGCUGGUAUCGACUCUGCCGAGACUGGUGGUAACUUGGCCAACUUGAUGUUCUCGCUCUGCCUCAUCUUCUGUGGUGUCCUUGCUCAGCCUUCCGACUUCCCCCGCUUCUGGAUCUUCAUGUACCGCAUUUCGCCCUUUACGUACAUGGUGUCUGGUAUGUUGUCUGUCGGUCUCGCCAACAGUGUAGUGCAGUGUGCGGAGAACGAGUUGAUCCACUUCGACCCUCGCCCAAACCAGACUUGCGGAGAAUACAUCGCGGACUGGACAACGGCUGCUGGUGGCCGGAUGCAAAACCCCGAGGCCACAAGCGACUGCAACUUCUGUGCCAUUGAGGACACCAACGUCUUCCUUGCCAGUAUCUCUUCCGACUACUCCAACGCGUGGCGCAACUUUGGUAUCCUUUGGGCCUACGUCAUCUUCAACAUCGGUGCCGCUCUUGCUUUGUACUACCUUGUCCGCAUGCCCAAGCCCAAGAAGGAGAAGGGUGACAAGAAGGAGGUUGGUGGACACAAGGGCGCCGUCAAGGAGGAGAAGCUCGACCAGCCUUCGCACGUUGGCAGCAGCCGCAACUCAAACGCCGAUGGCGAGAAGGGUGUUGAGACCGCAAGAUACGCUUCUAUCACCGGCACCAACACACCACCAGCCCAAGAGAUCUCCGAGAAGGCAUGA